CACUCACUCACCAGGCUAACCCAAAAUAGCAAUCAAAGCCCCACCACUUCAUACGCGUCGUCUUCCCCUUUGCCGCAUUUCCUCUCGCUUCACUUCUCACACUUCCCAACCCACUCACUCUCACCUCGCUAUCGUCGCCGGCGACGUCCCCCGUAACUCCUCCGUUCCGGCAUUUUCUCCUCUCCGUAUCAACAAUGAGUUCGGGUAAAGGGAGUAAGAACCCUUCUGGUUCAGGAGCUUCUGGUCAUGUGCCACAAGGUGAUGCAUGGGAGACUUAUGGUAAGAAGUCGAGAAACAAAGCUGGCAGCAGUGCUACGAAUCAGCGUGCUCCCCAAAACUCCACUGCUGUUUCUACUGGCAAUGCUUGGGGAACUUCGGGUCCUAAUGCAUGGAAUCACGGUGGAUCAGGAAGGGGUCCUGCUAGUGACCUAGAUCCUAGAAGACCACCAGCUGGUAGAGGUAAUGACAGGGUUCCUGCUGUGAUAACACCUCCCUUACAACAUGGAUGGAACUGGUCUAGUAGAGUGGCGCCCACUCAAUCUGCUAGCCAAGUUCACCAAAUUCCACCUGCUCCAGAAAGCAUUCAAACUGUUAAUGAUGAAAUGGGAGAAGAAGAUACCGAAGAUGAUGACAUGCUUGAUGACUCUGAUGAAGAGUUACUCAGUGAUGAUUUUGACUCAGAUGGAAGCGCAAAGAGUCACGGAACACGCAAGAAGAAUCCAUGGUUCAAGGAGUUUUUUGACAGUACUGAUAAAUUGGCCAAUGAAGAGCUCAAUGAUCCUGAAAGGCAAUGGCACUGUCCUGCUUGCAAAGGAGGUCCUGGUGCUAUUGAUUGGUAUAAGGGUUUGCUUCCGCUAAUGACACAUGCCAAAACACGGCGAUCUAAGCGAACAAAGUUGCAUAGAGAAUUUGCAGAACUGUUGGAGGAAGAAUUAAACUUGAGAGGAACUUCUGUUUCUAGAGCAGGAGAAUCAUAUGGAAGCUGGAAUGGAAUUAUUGAGAAAGAUUAUGAGAUAGUGUGGCCACCAAUGGUCAUAAUCAUGAACACUAGGCUUGAGAAAGAUGACAAGGACAAGUGGACUGGAAUGGGAAACCAGGAACUGCUUGAUUACUUCCACAACUAUGCUGCUGUCAGGGCCCGACAUUCGUAUGGGCCACAAGGCCAUCGAGGCAUGAGUGUUCUGAUUUUUGAGGCAUCUGCUGUGGGCUACCUUGAGGCUGAGCGUCUUGGAAAGCACUUUUCAGAUACUGGAAGAGACAGGGAAUCCUGGGUAAGAAAUCCUGUACUAUUUUACGCUGGUGGGAGGCGCCAACUCUAUGGUUACAUGGCAGGGAAGAAAGAUAUAGAUUCCUUUAACCAACAUUCACAUGGUAAAACCCAACUAAAAUUUGAAAUGAGAUCACAUCGGGAGAUGGUUGUGAAUCCAAUGAAGCAGAUGAGCGAGGACAACCAGCAGCUGCAGUGGUACAAAAACAAAGCCGCAAAACACCAGAAGCAGGCAAAAGCUCUUGAAGAAUCUUUUCUUGUGAUGGGUGAAAAGUGCCGUGAGACAGCAGAGCAAAACAAAGUUGUUUUGUCAAGAACAAAAACCCACCAUGAACAGAACCAAGAAGAGAUGAAGUAUCUAGACUGGUUCAUUAAAGAAAAGCUCCAAAGCAUACAUGAUGCAAACACUGCAUGGGGUGGUAACCAUGCAAGUUCUUCAGUUGCGGACAACAAUCGAAGGGCUGAACAACUGGCAAAAUAUUUCGAAUCUCUGGAACUGGAAAAGGGAGACUCUGUGGAACAUAAGCAGAAACUGAUGGAAGCUUAUGAGGAAUUGAAAUGCAGACGCCAGGCGGAAGAGGAUGAAAUGAAGCGGCGCCAUCAAGCAGAAGAGGAUGAGAUGAGGCGCAGGCACCAGGAAGAGGAGGCCGCCGCAAAGGAAGGGUUGAAUGCUGUAUUGGCCAAGUUGAUGGAGAAGUAAUGCGGUAAUGCCACUCUGGCAUUUGACAUAUUAUUGGAUAAACCAGACAUCUUUAAAAUUUGAUUUUGAACUGAUUAUCGCUAUUAUUAGUACUAUUUGUAUUAACUAUUACUCCCUCCGUUCCAAUUUGCAAGAUACUUUACGGUUUACGAUGUUUGACCGAUGAUAAAACAAAUUGAUCCU